AUGAAUAACAGCGUGGUUGAUGUAUCUCCCUUCUUGCUCUUCGAAGCAACCGCAGAUUCCGAGACCGAUUGCCACAUUCCAGACACUCGGGAUGACGACGACGACAAUGAUGAUGCCGAGUCUUGCAGAGCUGGUUCGUGUGAGACUCCAUUUGCGACGACGAGUCGGGUAAGCGGGUCGGGUUUUGACUCGGCGACGGUCGAGGAAGAAGAAGGAGAAGAAGUUAAUAGUUACGGGAAGUGGGCGAGGAGAGAGAACCAGAAACUGGUCGUUGAUUUGUCGGCGUCGAAGGGCAAGGAGAGGGCGAGUGAGAUGGAGAGAAGUCGAUUGUUCUGGGAAGCUUGUUUGACUUCUUGA